UAAUGAAAAUCAUUAUUCUUUGUUUAUUGUCUUUUAGUGUCUUAUCUCAAUUAUCAAAGUAGACAGUCACACAUAAAGUGAAGAUUGGUGUAACAAUUGAUGGUAAGAAUGAAGGAGAAAUCACUUUGGGUUUGUUUGGAAAAGUUGUACCAAAGACUGUGGAAAAUUUCAGAGCUUUAUGUACUGGUGAAAAACCAGGUAAAAGCUAUGCUGGUUCACCAUUCCAUAGAAUUAUUCCAAAUUUUAUGAUAUAAGGAGGUGAUUUUACAAAUGGUAAUGGUACUGGUGGAGAAUCAAUCUAUGGAAACAAAUUCAAUGAUGAAAACUUUAAUUUGAAACAUGAAAUCGGAUGUAUUUCAAUGGCUAAUGCAGGACCAAAUACAAAUGGAAGUCAAUUCUUUAUUACAACUGCUGAUACUCAUUGGGUAACCAUUUUUAUAUAUUCUUUUAGUUAAAUGGAAAACACGUAGUCUUUGGAAGAGUCAUAGAAAAUAUGGAAUUAGUAAAAAAGAUUGAAGCUUAAGGAUCAUAAAGUGGAUAGCCUAAAACCAAAGUCAUAUUUGCCACUUGCAGUGCUGAAGUUGUCACAGAUGAAUUAUGAG